AAGAAUAUCAACAAGUAUAUCAGUGGUUAUAUUCUGAUGAUCCAAAACAAAAUGAAUUAGGUGUCAAACGUGCCAAGGUUUGGUCUGCUCGUGGAAAAAAUCCUCAUGCUGUUGUGAGCACUGCUGCAUUUGUAGAAGUAUCUUUAAGAGAUAAAACUUCUUUUGGAAAAAUAUACAAUCAUGAAUUUGUCAAUGGAAUGGUAGAUCCAACUCAAGGUUCAUAUGCAUCAUCUGUUGCGUCGUUAGCAUUAAAACUUAAUAUGCCAUUAUGGUUUGUUGAAUUACGUCAUGCUGGAACACAUGAACAUCUUCCCAGCUUACAAGUUUUGCGAAAUGGAUGUCAACAGGCAUUGCAAUGGCUUAACGAAAAUUAUUGGGGAAUCCAAAGACCAUUGCAAUCAACGCACAUGAACGAAAUUCAUUCAUUGCUUUCUAAAUACAAAGAAUUAAGAAAGAAAAAUUUAAAAGAUUCGGAACCGGAUGAUACGAAUUCUAUGGACAAGAUUGUAAAACGAUUAUUAAAUUUAGUUAGCGCAGAAUAUGUGAGAGAUUUACUUAUACCUGUCUUAUUAGAAGAAGGAUUCUUGGUGCCUACAGAGACUAAGUAUGUAAAUGCUAAUCUUCAUAUUCUGGAUUUGUUAGAUUUAUGGUUUGCCAUAUUAUGCAAAUUUGAUAGUGAAUGGACUAAUUUUGGCAGUGAAUUAGUACAGGGUAUGUUAGAAAAAUUGGUAAUGGAUGAAGAAGAAAAUAAUCCUAUUACGGAUUCAAAUUCAGAAUCAGUAUGGAAAAUGUAUGAUUCGGAAAAAUGGAAAGCAUGUCCAAUGGGAUGUUUACCUAACGGACAAAUUCCUUGUUUGGAUCUUUCACCUGACCUAGACGAACAAA